GGCGUUCUUUAUUUGCACCAGACAUACGGCCCUCAUGGUUGGCUCAGCUCUGGCACUUGUUUGGUGGAUGAAAGGUGGCAGGUGAGGAUAACAUAUUAUGGUCUGGAUACCAUAAAAGCGUUGGAGGUUAAGGAGCCGAAAUACUUAUUGUGGACUGCUCCUGAACACAUUCGUGACCCAGUGAUGCCACCAACCAAAGAAGGCGAUGUUUACAGUUUCGCUAUUAUCUGUUCCGAGAUUAUCACAAAGAAAUCGGCUUGGGAUCUCGAGAAUCAGGACUACGACAUGGAUGAGCUGAUUUACAAAAUCAAACGUGGGGGUCGAUCUCCAAUUCGACCGUCACUUGAGACCGAUGAUGAACAUAAUGCCAGUUUAUCGCUGUUGGUCCGCGACUGUUGGAAUGAGGAGGUCGACGAACGUCCUUCCUGUAGUCAAAUCAGAACGCUUAUCAAAGGACUCAACACCAACAAAUCUUCCAAUCUCAUGGAUCACGUUUUCAAUGUGCUCGAACAAUAUGCGUCCAAUCUCGAGGAAGAGGUCUUGUUGGUGCAAGCAAGAAUGCAGGAAUUGACCGAGGAGAAGAAGAAGAGCGACAUCCUUCUGUACAGAAUGUUACCAAAAGAAGUAGCCGAAAAGUUGAAGCUGGGUCAGUCCGUUGAGCCGGAGACGUUCGACUGUGUGACGCUGUUCUUCUCAGAUGUUGUCUCAUUCACAACUCUGGCCAGUAGAUGUACCCCACUGCAGGUGGUGAACCUUUUGAACGAUCUCUAUACACUCUUUGACGCUAUUAUCGAUGAGCAUGAUGUCUACAAGGUUGAGACAAUUGGAGAUGGCUAUCUAUGUGUUUCUGGUCUACCAAAGCGAAAUGGAAAUGAACAUGCGAGGGAUGUUGCCGAGAUGUCAUUCGAGUUGGUUAGAGCGAUCCGUGGCUUCCGCGUUCCCCAUCUACCCAACGAAAAGAUCAAUAUUAGAGUUGGACUUCAUACAGGCCCAGUAGUGACAGGGGUGGUUGGCAUGACGAUGCCAAGAUAUUGUCUGUUCGGAGACACGGUGAAUACCGCAAGUCGUAUGGAGAAGCAAUGGAAAACAACUAAGUUGAAGCUUUCAGCCGGUCGUGUUCACAUUUCUACCGACACAAUGAAAUUUCUCACUGAAGUAAUUGGUGGCUACAAAUGCGAGUAUCGAGGAGAGGUCAUGGUGAAGGGAAAAGGCGCUCUGGAAACGUAUUGGUUGCUGACUCCCGAAGAACAGGAGACCGGACUCACAGAAUGA